AUGAGUGCUCGAUUCGCGAUGGGAUGUGACGGCCGCGACGCCGCGCUCGGGCACCGCACGCCUCGACGCGCGGGCGAGCGGACGCGUUGGAUGAAUCACUACGACGUCCUGGGCGUGGAGCCGACGGCGAGCGCGAGGACGAUCGCGAGGGCGCAUCGAGCGAUCGCGCUGGAGACGCACCCGGAUAAAGUGUCCAACGGGACGGAUGGAGAGAAAGCGGCGGCGCGGGCGCGGUUCGACGCGGCGCAGCGCGCGUACGAGACGCUGAGAGAUGAUGCGCGGCGGAUGGCGUACGAUUCGGAGAUGGAGGUGAACGGAGGACGACGGGACGACGUGAUGAUGAACGUGACGUUCGCGGAGAGCGCGCGGGGCGGGACGAAAUUAGCCGUGGUGCCGUUUAAGAUGACGUGUGAACGGUGCGAUGGACGUGGACGGAUCGACGGUGCGAAAGGGGAGGAGGGGGAUGAAGGGGUGUGCGGGAAGUGUCGCGGGGACGGGGUGAUGGAUGCGUAUUAUCACGGACGCGUGUACGUGCCGCGAGGCGUGGCGCACGGCGCGCGAUUACCGAUCGUCGGUCGGUCGCAGAGCGUCCGAGUGCGGAUUUUGCCGAGCAAACAGUUCACCAGGGAUGGGAUGCACGUCAAAUCGACGCUUCGUUUGAGCGCGGAGCAGGCGCGAGAGGGUGGGUUCUUCGACGUCGAGACGGUGUACGGGACGGAGACGGUGUACUUUGAUGAGGAAACGAAGCACGGGGACACGAAGACGCUGCGCGGCAAGGGACUGGAGCAGGGGAAGAAAUUAGGUGAUCACAUCGUGGUCGUCCAAGUCGAACGCGAGCGCGCGCCCGAGGAUGAAGGAGAGCCAUCCGAGGAUGAGGACGACGAAUCGGACGCGAAGAAGCGAAAACAGGACGACGAGGACGACGAAUCGGACGCGAAGAAGCGAAAACAGGACGACGAGGACGACGAGGACGAUGUGAACGACGCCAAACAGGAAGUGGAAGGAGAUGAAGAUGAUGCGAAGGAAGAUCCUUCGAACGCGGCGCCGGACGCGGCGGACCUCGAGCGCCUGCUCGCCGAGAAGAAAGCCAAACUCUUGGCCCAGCUCGACGCCGCGGGCGCCAAGUGA